GCAGGAAUUGCCGACAACGCCGGCGAGUGGGACUACGAGUCCCCAUAGGCCCCUGCGCGACUCCGGCAGGGCAGGAUUCCGGACAACGCCUGGUUCCUCUCGGGUCCUUCCGGCGUCGCCGGAGUGAAUUGAUCUGGGAGUUGAAGAGGGCUCCAAAGGUGGCAAGUGAAGUCACUGCCUCAGUUGCCGGUCAGCAUAUGUUUUGUGCCCUGUUGUUUUAUCACAAAAAAGAGAAGAAAGGCUGCAGUGAAUGAAGAUUCCUCUGCAUUUUAGCACUGCUUUUUCUACUGUAGUUGGCUUUUGAAUGAGGAUGACAAUGGAAGAGAUGAAGAAUGAAGCUGAGACCACUUCCAUGGUUUCUAUGCCCCUCUAUGCAGUCAUGUAUCCUGUGUUUAAUGAGCUAGAACGAGUAAAUCUGUCUGCAGCUCAGACACUGAGAGCGGCUUUCAUUAAGGCUGAAAAAGAAAAUCCAGGACUCACACAAGACAUCAUUAUGAAAAUUUUAGAGAAAAAAAGUGUAGAAGUCAACUUCACAGAGUCCCUUCUUCGAAUGGCAGCUGAUGAUGUAGAAGAGUAUAUGAUUGAACGACCGGAGCCAGAAUUCCAGGACCUAAACGAAAAGGCACGAGCACUUAAACAAAUUCUCAGUAAGAUCCCAGAUGAGAUCAAUGACAGAGUGAGGUUUCUGCAGACAAUCAAGGAUAUAGCUAGUGCAAUAAAAGAACUUCUUGAUACAGUGAACAGUGUCUUCAAGAAAUAUCAAUACCAGAACCGCAGGGCACUUGAACACCAAAAGAAAGAAUUUGUAAAGUACUCCAAAAGUUUCAGUGAUACUCUGAAAACCUAUUUUAAAGAUGGCAAGGCAAUAAAUGUGUUCAUAAGUGCCAACCGACUAAUUCAUCAAACCAACUUGAUACUUCAGACCUUCAAAACUGUGGCCUGAAAGUUGUAUAUGUUAAGAGAUGUAUUUCUCAGUGGCAGUAUUGGACUGCCUUUAUCUGUAAAUUUUAAAGUUUGACUGUAUAAAUUAUCAGUCCCUCCUGAAGGGAUCUAAUAAUCCAGGAUGUUGAAUGGGAUUAUUGCCAUCUUACACCAUAUUUUUGUAAAAUGUAGCUUAAUCAUAAUCUCACACUGAAGAUUUUGCAUCACUUUUGCUAUUAUCAUUCUUUUAAGAAUUAUAAGCCAAAAGAAUUUACGCCUUAAUGUGUCAUUAUAUAACAUUCCUUAAAAGAAUUGUAAAUAUUGGUGUUUGUUUCUGACAUUUUAACUUGAAAGCGAUAUGCUGCAAGAUAAUGUAUUUAACAAUAUUUGGUGGCAAAUAUUCAAUAAAUAGUUUACAUCUGUUAAACAUUUCUUUACUUGAAAAAAUGCAUAUAUAUAUGUGAAUAUAUAUAUGAUCAGAAGACCAAGACGACUUGGUGUAAUGUCUAAAGAACUUCUAACGGGAGCUUAUUAGCAGUUUAUCAGAUAAUAAAGCAACAAGAAUUCCUUUUUUUUUGUCCUUAAUCACUCUGAGCAAAAAGUAGUUAAUGGAAAUAUUUUUGUUAGUUACUAUAUUUGAGGUACUGAGUAUUUUUCCAACCUUUUUUUUUAAGAGACUUACGAGAAGGAAAUGGCAGUUUAUAGUGUCUUCACACUGUACUGCCUCUUUUGAACUCUACAAUGUAAGAUUAAGUCUUUCUGGUUUGCUGGGCCCUAAUAAGUUUUGCGCCUUUUUUCCAUAAAUAGCCACAACUAAUAGUAAGUUGAAGCUAUACCAAUGCUAGUUGGUUUGAAUUUGUCAUGAGUGUUAAUAAUAUUAUAUACACUCUUUAAAUAUGUAGUUUUACCAUAGAGA